AUGGCCAACCAGCAAGCCUCCACUUCGGCAACCGAAAACGCUCAACUCAAGGCCCACUACCAGUCCUACAUCGAUUACUGCAAUCAGCAGAAUUACGAGGGCAUCCUCGGAUUUUACACCUCACCUAUCAGCAUCAACGAUGUGCCCGGGGCCCCUUCGCAGGUUACGGACCAGAUCAAAUCAAUCUUCGAGGCAUUCCCAGACUGGCGGUGGGAAAUUCGCCGUUUCAUCAUUGACGGCGAAUACAUGGCCGUGCAUUUCAACAUUACGGGUACGCAUCAAGGAACGUUCCAGGGAAUCGAGGCAACUGGUCGGCACAUCGCCACGACAGAGCUCACGCUCUACCGCCUAGCGGAUGGACAAUUUAGUCAUGUUUGGCCGUUUGUCGACUUUGCCUCGAUCAUCAAGCAAAUCUCAUAA